AUGACGACACAAGCGGCAGCAGCACCUGAGUUAUAUGGACUGCCAAAGAUACACAAAGACGGAAUACCACUUCGACCGAUAUCUGCAUCCAUGAAGGUACCGUGUUACAGUCUUUCGAAGUAUAUUGGAACAAUUUUGAGGAAUAUUGUGUCGCCCAAAUACAAUAUACAAAAUUCAGUAGAAUUAAAACGAAAACUGGAAAGCGUCUCAUUGGAAAAUGACGAUAUUAUGGUCUCUUUCGACGUGGUAUCAUUAUUCACUAAUAUACCGAUUCACUUGGCUAUAAGGAAUAUACUUGACAAAUGGAAAACACUUAAGGAACACACGGCAAUACCAAGGCAAACAUUUUUGAAAAUUCUUCAGUUUUGUUUAACUGAUAAUAACUAUCUCACUUUUGACAAUAAAUUUUACCAUCAAACAUAUGGUAUGCCAAUGGGAAACCCCCUAUCGCCAACAAUUGCAAAUAUUGUACUUGACACACUACUGGACGAUGUAAUUGACGAAUUAAGGGCUAAUAAUAUAGAGAUUAAGUUUAUCACUAAGUAUGUGGAUGACUUGUUUGCGAUUAUAAGGAAAUCGGACGAAGAGAAGAUAUUAAAAACAAUGAACGUUUAUCACAAUAAGAUACAAUUUACAAUAGAACGCGAGAAGAAUAUGUCAAUACCGUAUCUGGACAUCAAUAUCAUCAAGGAUAAUGGAAGAAUAAGGACAAAUUGGUACACGAAACCCACAUCUUCAGGUAGAAUGGUUAACUUCAACUCUACACAACCAUUGAAAAUGAAGAUAAGUACAGCGACGAAUUUAAUAAGGAAAGUAUUACAGAUAAGUGAUGUUGAAUACAGAAAAACCAAUAUUAAUAGAAUAAGAAAAAUACUUACAAAGAAUAGUUACCCAACAUAUAUGACGAACAAUUUAAUCAACAAAGUACUAAAAUAUGAAAAACAGCAGAAAAAUCCAAACACUGAGGAGGAAAAAGUUUUUUACAGUGUACCAUUUAUUCCCAAACUAACGGAGACAAAAACAAUGAAGAGAAUGAUCACAGAGAAAACAACAACAAUAGCUUACAAAUCAAAUAUGACACUGAGGCAUCUAUUUACAAACAACAAAACAAAAAUUGACAAACUUAAGAGUGAUAAUGUGGUCUAUGAGAUAAAAUGUGACGGUAAUGAAAGGGAGAGAUGUAACUUGGUUUACAUUGGUACGACAAAGAGAAUGUUGGGGACGAGAGUUAAUGAACACAAAACAGAUAUUGAAAAAGGAAAAAUAACGACGGCAUUAUCUCUGCACGUAAAGGAGUGCAAUCAUAGGAUGGAUUUUGACAAUAUUAAGAUAUUGGACAGAGAACAAAAAGAGAACAAACGAUACACUCUUGAAAGCUUAAGAAUACAACAAAAAAUACACAAUACAAUGAACACGAAAGAGGACAAGGAUAACACAAAACUGCAAUAUUCCGCUGCAAUAUUUAAUUAUUAA